UUGACACUUCGACGUUUGGGAGCCCACAGGCGAGUGACGGAUCAAAGUAGCUCUCUGAUUAGCAGACACCGAAUAAUACUUCUGCUAGAAAAUGACAGAGAGUCAAGUUCGUCAGAAUUUUCACAAAGAUAGUGAAGAUGCCAUUAAUAAACAAAUAAAUAUGGAACUUUAUGCAAGCUAUGUGUAUUUGUCAAUGGCUUACUACUUUGAUCGUGAUGAUGUUGCGUUACCUGGUCUACACAAGUACUUCAAGCAAGCAUCAGAGGAAGAAAGAGAGCAUGCUACAAAGUUUAUGAAAUACAUGAAUAAGCGUGGAGGUCGAAUUGUUCUCAGCUGUAUUAAUGCUCCAGAUUACAACGAGUGGGGAACAGCAGAAGGUGCAAUGCGUGAAGCAUUGCAGUUGGAGAAAAAAGUAAACCAGAGUCUCUUGGAUCUCCACAAAAUUGCCACAGCUCGUGAUGAUGCUAAUCUUUGUGACUUCUUGGAGACAGAAUUUUUACAAGAACAAGUGGAUUCUAUUAAAGAUAUUGCAGAUAAGCUCACAAAUAUUUGCCGUGUAGGCGAAGGUUUAGGAAUUUUUGUAUUUGAUAGAGAAUUACAUUAAGAUUUAAAAUUAUCGAUCUUCACUUGGUACUGCUUUACAUUUGUGCAUCAUAGUAUCUAGUCAGUUCUCAUAAAUUUCAAGCCAUAAAGCUGUUUUACUGCUGCACAUUAUACUUGUCCUCAUUUCUGAGGGCUAUUGAAGUGUUUGUCAACAGCCACAAAUGUUAUUGGUAUUUUACUUUGUAGUUUUAAGUACGGCAAUUAUACAAUUGUGUAAAAACUGUUAUGUUAUUGAACAGAUUACUAUUUAUGUACAAAGAUUUUUUUAUCUUUUAUAGAUUUUUAAAAUUUUAUAUUUUUAUGUUUAUAUCCUUAUAUUCCUAUCACAGAACAUAUAUUGUUUUUUAAACCUAAGGCAGUUAAUUUGGGUUCAUAAUCACAUUCCUCAGACCUGAAUACACACAGUUUGCUAAUCAUAUUGAGUGGACAUGUGUAAAAUUUAAGUACCACAAUGCGCAGUUAUAAUAAACAUGCUGAUUCUCUGAAGAAACAAUCCAAUAUCUAUCUGUGAUGUUUUUGGUCUAUCUAAUUGAACUUAUUGUGUGAUCUCAACAAAUUAAAUACUUUUCUCAUUUUCAUCAUGCUCUUCUGCGAAUGCAUUGAUGCAAAUGACAACAGCCAUUUGUAUAUCUCCCUCAAAAUACUUCUUAAAAAGGUUUGUAUCAAUAUUAUGAAUUAUACUUGAAUAUAAUUACAUUCCAUCCUGGAUUUUCCUUUGUUUGUUGUAUAAAAUUUUUCUUAUUUUUAUUAUUAUUUUUUUAGUCUUAAUACAGAACUAUCACAUUGUUGCCCUGCAUUUAGUUUUCCCUCAGAAUUUCAUGGCAUGAACACAGUGUCUUCAUAAACUGUAAAUGGUGCUCACUUCUCAAAGCAUCAUGCCACUAUUCCCUGUGUUUGCGUGUUCACUAUCUGCCAGACCAAUAAGUGACAACUAGCUAAUACAAAUAGCUCUUUUUCCUGAAGCACAGUUUCACCUUGUUCAUCAAAAGGAACCUGCACC